AUGAGGCGGUUAACACUUCUAAAGCUAGUGGGUAUUGUUUAUUUUAUUUUCACUGCAUACGCCUUGAUUCAUAUUAUGCGAGUUUACUUUGAAAAGUCACACAAGAAAGAUACAAUCAGCCUAAAUUUCAAGAAAACCCGUCAUACAAAAACAAAGCCUAAUUUCAAGGUAACCCACAACGUGGAAAUAUGGGGAAAAGCAGCAAUUGGACUUUACUUAUGGCAGCAUAUAUUCGAGGCCUCACUAGAGAAUACCAAUGGAAAGUUUUUGAGAUAUGGAGAACUGCAAAUUGAAAAUUUAAAGUUUAGAUUUCAUACAGGACCUUCAGUUACACCACAAACAGUAAAGCAGGAUGUACAAAAUGCAAUUUUGGUUAUAAAUGGGAGGGACCCAAAGAAGGUUAAAUUUGCUUCAACAUGGCUAAAGACGUUGACAGAAAUUAAUAAAGUAAAAAAUCUGGCAGUGGUUUUACUUGGUAAUGAGCAAUGCUAUAAUAAUUGGUUGAUGCCUUUCAUGGCAAGGAAUGGUGGCAUAAUCAAAUCUGCCUUUAUUAUUUAUGAUGUUCCAUACAUUGACAAUGUUAAUUUCCAUCCGUGGCCACUUGGAGUUGCAACAUACAGAGAUUUUCCAAUUGUACAUAGUGAUAGCAAUUUAGUUAAGGCAAGGAGAAAAUAUAUUUGUAAUUUCCUAGGAACAGUGUACAAGAAUUCAUCAAGGAUUACAUUGAUAAAUGUAAUCAAAUCAGGUAAAAGUUUCCAAAAAGACUGCCUUCUCAAUCCAAGACAUAAAUGGUUACCAGGUGAAACUAAAGAAUCUAGUGACUUGUAUCAGAGUGCAAUGAAGGAUAGUGACCUGACUCUUUCUCCUGUUGGAAAAAAUACAGAGUGUUAUCGCAUCUAUGAGGCAAUCUCAUAUGGAUCUGUCCCUGUUAUUGAAGAUGUUAUGACACCAGGAGCAUGUGGCCAAUCACUCUCAGAUAAUGGUUUGCAAACCCCCCUAAGAGUACUUAAGAGAAUGCAUGCUCCAGUUAUAUACAUAAAAAAUUGGAAUGAACUUUCAAGUAUCAUAGACCGAGAGAGGCAAUAUUCACUUGAUUUCAAAAUAAAAAGAAGAACAGCUUUGCUGCAUUGGUAUCAAAAAUUUAAGUACAACUUAAGGAACCAGUUUAUAAUGAAAAUUAAAAAUGGUUUUAAUCUUGAUUAGUUUAUGCUUGUUUAAGAUGUUACAUGGCUCUGGCAAUCCAGAUGCAAAGUCGGCACUUGUAUAGUUACCUUGGAUUUAUAUCCCCCAUUAUCUUUUAUUAUUUAUUCUAUAAGAACCUUUAUGGAUGUAGUUAACAAUCAGAUUAUGUUAAAACCCCCUUUUUUAAAUACCACCAUAUCAUUAAAGACUCAAUAUAAAAUUUUCGUUAUAUCACCUUGCUUUGGUAUGCUAGAAUUUUCUUCAAAUAUUCAUUCAAUAAGAAUUUACUAAGGAAACAGUUUUGUAUUUGGUUAUUAAGAAGUAAGAACAUUAAAUAUUGAUAGUUUAAUAGGGUAAUAAUGAUGCCCUUGCUUCUAUUUAUUCAAAAAUAAUGAUUUUGUAGUAGAAAUGUUGCGAAACAUCUUUAAAAUUUUUAGUAGUUUGCCUCUCUCUGUCUAGUGGGGGGAAGCUAUAUCUUUUACAUCCACAGAAUUCUCAAAGGAAUUUCAUUUUUGAGAGUUGGUCAUCAUAAGUAAUUUUUAUUGGUUAAAAGGAACCUGAGAGCUUAAUCAUUGUUUUGUCCUUUGCCUAGAAAAAACAGAAUACAAAGAAUCAUAGACAGCAGCUACAUAGUUGAUGGUCGCAGAUGGUUGUAUCAUAAAACUUUCCACUCUUUUACCAGCCUAACUAAUUGACAAAAAUAUUUGCAAGGCAUACACAAGGACAGUUUGCAAUAAAUUUUGUCAACUGAAAGUGUGAAUGAUAAAUUUUUGACCAUUCAAUUUACUAAAAUGGGAAAACUAACCCCUCCUCCUUUAAAGUUUGCAAGGGACACUCCUAAAUUACCAAACCUGUGUUGCAACUUUUGGUAAAUAGAUAUAUGACAAACCUGUGUUGCAACUUUCGGUAAAUGAUUAAUAAACCUGUGUUGUAAGGAAAGUUUAACUCUAAUAGCUUCUGGUUAAUAGAUAUACUUCAAGGCAUGUUCUUAUUACUUCCAUAGGAGAGUGUUCUGAGACUUUGACAUUAAAGAAUAUUAGCAUCGCUGAUAGCUCUAAGGACAGGGACCUGCUUUGAUCAAGUAAUUAAUUGUACAUAAGUCUUAAUGCAUUUUUAAGCUGGUCUAUAAGGAACAAGUGUACAUAUAUUACAUUUAUAACUAACACAUACCAUGCACUAGCUGAAACAAAAUAUAAUCUUUUGAAGUCAGUAUACUUUCUGGUUUUCAAUCAAGAAGAAUUAUUACGUUAUUCAACAAAUAAAUAAUGCUAAUCAAGAGUUGCUGUAAUCUGCAACAAAUUUUAUAGCAGUUUACUCAAAAGUGUUGCCUACAAAAAUAAUCUCUAUAUGGAGUUUUCAAAUGACACAACAACUCAUUGUUGACAUAAGAUAAAGUGGUACCCCAAGUCUCCCAUAAAACAUCCAAUGCUUUAUACCUUCUGUGAAAUAAGGGUUCACAUUGAAAACAAUAACUUUUUAAAAAUUAGUUGUAAUAAGGUAAUCAAACAUUCUAUUAUGUGACUAACCAUUCAAUGAAUGGUUGUUAAAGGAUCAUGUUAACGCCAACAUUAGCAGUUAGUUUUGUCUAAAAAAGUUAAAAGUUUUAUGGUAUCAAGAGCUUUUUCAUUCACUUAAUGGUGACGUAGGUCUUUCACCGCUCAUGCUUAUUUGGUCUCUUAAAUCAGCAAUUUCUUGCCUCAAGUUCUGAUUUUCAUCAAUCAAUUCUUGAUUUCUUGAAGACAGGAAAAUGGCAUCCUGAAUAGAAUCUUCCAAAAGGGCUCUGUACCUUUGUUCCAGUGAAGCUCUUUGUUCUUCAAACACUUCUCUGUAAUUUCUAAAAGUCUGAAAAUGUUGCAGUUGCUGUAACUCUUGUUCUUCUUUGUGUCUUUUAUAAACUUCUUCGAGAUCCUUCUUUAUUUGCUUUUUCUCUGCUUCCAAUGAUUUGAGUUUGAUUGCCAUUACAGAUUUCUCUGCUUUCAAGUCAAUCAAUUCCAUUUCAAUCUUUAAGGCUUGAUCUUCAUUGUACUGACUUCCAUGGGCUACCUUCAUUUUCAGAUCAGCCUUCUCCUGCUCACUUUCAAUUUUGAUCCUAUCCAUUUCAUCAGCAAGGGUUGCUAUGUUUUCUUUCUCUAACUUUUCUCUCUGCUCUGUUUCUAGUUUCUGCAGCAAAUCCCAGUUGCCUUUCAUUCCAGAUGUCUGUGACUUUGCCUCUUCCUUUUCACUUUUUUGUUUUUCCUGGAUGUCUUUUAAUUGCUGUUUCAACUUUUUCAUUUGCUCACUCUCUUGCUUCAACUGCUCUUUCAAACUAUGAAUUUCUGCAACUUUCUUUUUUCCUUCAUCAUCCCCUGCUUUCCCGAUUUCUGUGAGUUUUGAAUACUCAGUUAUCAUGUUUUGCAACACAUCUUUCAAGUCAUCAACAACUUUUCUUUUCUCCUUGUAGUCAAUCAUUAGCUUAUCUUUCUCUUUCUGCAAUGUAGCCAAUCUCUGUUGAAUUUCUUUACUUUCCUUUUUCAUUGAAUCUAGUACCCAAUCCAAUAUCCCUUUAUUUGACAAAUGAUGACGUCUUUCUUCCUCAUACAUUUCAGAUAGCCUUUCCUUCUCUUCCCAGGUUUGCAACUUUGCAAUUUGCAAAUCUUUAAUGAGCUCCUCCAUACGCUCCACAUCACUAGGCUCUGGCAUAUCAGUAAUCACACCAGAUGUACCUGCCAUUUUGUCUCUUAACCUGUUUAUCUUUUCUCUGAGUUCUGAAAUGACAGCUGUAUUGUCAUUUUGAUUAAUGCGAGGCACUGUUUUGAUAUUUUGCAUCAAUGUACCAGCUUGCAAGGUUGAAAGGCUCUCAUAAUACUCAGAAUCAGAUGGUGAUAUCGUCAAAAGAAAUGUGGUAAAUGAAUUACCACCCAAAGCAUCUUGUAAGAGCUUGGUCAGUGAAGAUUCUCUGUACUGUGUGGUUGAAGAUUUUUGGUUAUUUAGGGUGGAGAUGACUGAAGACAAUGAGGCAAUACUUUUUGAAACAAAAUUACUGUCCUCUGACUGACUAGAGUGGUUUGACCCUGCAAGAUCAAUAAAUGAUACCCUUGAAAGCAAACCCUGUUUUUCUCCUUUGCCUUUCGCUUUCUGUUCAAAGGAGAGAGUGAAGACUGUACUUGCUUUGGCUCUGGAUGCCUCAAAAUCUGAGACUGUGAAUUUGCUCACCUUGUUACCUUGCUCAUGAAGUCUCACAAUAUCUUCAUGUGUGCUGACAGUAAGCUCUGCAAUAUCAUCAAUGUAAGUGCCUAACUGUGGAUGUUUUCUUAUCCUGAGAUCCCGGCCACUUGGAUUCAAAAGAUCGCGUACACAUUCAUCCGAAAUUUCUGCAAACGAAACAGUCAUAAAAAAGCGCUUUUCCUUGGAUGACUCUUCGACUUUCUUGGCCAACGCCUGGCUGAAUAGCGCAAGCAAACCCGGUUCUUCGAGUGAACCAGUCAGUGUAUGCGUUUUCCCAGAUCCAACUUGUCCAUAUGCUAAAACUGUUGAAUUAUACCCUUCCAACGUACGACGUAGUAAAGUUUCACCUAGUUCUUUGUAAACCUGGUCAGUUUUUGUGUCCCAAAAAUAACAGUGACCAAAAGCAAAGUUGUGCUCUUUAACGCCGCUUGUUGGGUAUGGGUUAUGCAGAAGGAUCCUAUCUCCACUUAUUUUUACCACUCUCGUUGCACCUCGCGAUUUCUCAUUGUCAGUGAUAGGUCUGCACCUUACAACAACUUGGACAGGCUGCUCGUUCUCCACCAUUUUGUACCGGAACCUCUCUCAACAAUAUUCGGCCUAAAUCAGAACCACUACAAUGUUCCGGAUCAACGGCUAACCAUUGCGAAAAAUGUUCUGAUUUCACUUCUUUUAAUGAUACAGAUCGAAAUUCCAAAAUAAACAAAUCAAUCUUUCAAGACCAAAUAAACGAACCUCGCAAGUGCAGCUAAUUGUUUAUUUUGUUGUUGGAUGCAAUCUAGCUCGGCAUGGUAACACCCCAACAACGAAACGAAACAGAGACGUGGGCGCAUUAAAUUUUUCAGUGAAGUACGGAACGCGCACAAUAACACAUGGAACAAGGACAUGGCGACAGAAAAAUAACUGCGUUUCUAAGGACGCUAAAUCGGUCAACUUCGAAAUCAACAAUAUUGCCACCCGACGAAUCUCAUAACUUCAUCUUUAAAUUCAUAAAAUAUCUUGAAACUUGCAGCAUAGACUAACUUGACCUGUGAUUUUUUGCGUAUAAAGAAAAUUAUAACAGGAAACUUUAAAAGUCUUCCAAAAUGGAUCUAGAAUUUCAAUAAACAUUUUUACAUUAUUUAAUAUGUCGUGCUCGAAAUUUUUGCAAACAAAAAAUCCCCAAAACUCUUAUUACGUAAGGGUCAAUGUUAGGCGUUUUUCAAAUUUGGAUACCAUUUUUCUAAAACAUUUUGGCAGGAACAACGAAAAUCGACAAAGGAAUGAUACUAUAUAUGAAGAGAAGUAACUCAUUUGUGGUACAAAGAUGUAUCUGAAUCAAUUGAACAAAAAUUUUACCCAGCCAUGUGGGACUUCAUUAAAGUGAUUCACAUUUUCAAGUAUUUUUUAAACACAGUCAAAGAAGAACUACACUUGUUUUAACCUACAUUUGCAUUUCACUAUCUACAGACCUUUGGCAAAAAUGGACCCCAGAUUUGAAAUUGGCAUGGUGAAAUUUUCUCAGAAUUACUUUCUUGAAAAGCAUCUCAGGAAAAGCUUAAUUUUGAAAGUGGCAUGUCCAAACAACAAGAAAAUUUUGUCACAGGAUACAUUAACCAUGAAGAUUCCAAUUCUAUUCUUGGGUCCAUUUUGGAAAUUAUGCAGCUGAAAAUUGACAGUCCUAGCCGGGAACCUCGUAUAGUUUCAAGCGUAAGAUAAAAACUUUUUGAGGAUGAAAAAAUUAUAUAUUGGAAAUUAAAAUCAAGAAACUCUUAGGACAUAUUGUAUUUCUUUUAAUUUCGCAAAUGCGAAACAUUGUUUGUAUUUCAAUGGAAAACUGAAUAAUCCCAGGGAGAGGUUAUGUAAAAAAUAACUUUUAUUUAACAUAAUUAGCAUAAUUUUUAUCUUGGCUUUUCUUCAGUUUUGAAUUACUCAAAAAUGGCAUGAUUGUGGUUUACGUCGCGAUUCGAAGAAUUUUUGCUUGAAAGGAAAAGUGCCGGACUGCGCCCGUGGAAAGUUGUGGAUUCGAACCACAUUGAACAGUACUUGAAACUAUUUUGCAACCAAAGCGAUGAAUCCACUAGGCUAAGCAGGCACGGCUGCCACAAGCGAAAUUCCUUUGAGUUACUUGAAUAGCUGCUUAUUGAACUAGACCAAUGUUUAUAUAUUUGUUCUCUCGCGGAUGAAUAAUUGUGUAAUCCCCCGUCAUCGCGUUUCGAAGAGCGCCCGCUUCGAAAUAUAAAAACGAUAAAUCGGGGGGGAGGGGUGCUUCCAUAAAGGAAAUGAGCAGUACAACCCCUAAUUUUGCCCACCCUCUUCCUAUACGCUUUUAUGCCUCCCCCUUUGCGCAUGUACCCACCUAUAAUUUGAAUAUUCCCCUAGUUCAGGAAAUCGAAAAAACUAAAAUUUUCUUUGUAGUAUUGCGGUAUUAUUUCAAAUAUCUUAAAGUUAAAUUCAAAUAUCAAAAGGGUAAAAGUGGUACGAUGAAAUGGAAUUAGACGGGAGUAGAAAACGGUCACUGGUUAAUCACCUUUCACAGUCUAAAUGUUUUUUUCAACAACUGGUGACCUUAAUAAUCGCGAAUAAGAAUUUUGUCUUCUUUUUAGAAUAGGAAGGUUUUAAGCUAUUUCGACAAUUUAAAGAUAUGCAAAAAAGGACAGUCAAACUGUAUAGGUCCUCAUCAACCUUAAUAGCCCCUCUCUCGAAUGCACCCUUACGCCUUUGGUAUGCCUCUCCCCCUUUGGUGCGUACGUACUUACAGUCAGCAAUGCUGGAACGAACAAGGGGCAAUUGGGGGUAUGAAUUUGGCUUUCAAGAAUGAUUCUCAGCUUUACCUUGUUGUUUAUGAAUGUAUGUAAGUCUGGAACGUUUAUCAAAGCAAAGCUUCUUGUAAAGGCAAUGAACAGAAGUCUAGACACGUGGACAGUUUAAAGUAUUUAGUUAAUUUUUUCUAAACAGCUAACAUUUGGAAAACUCCCCAGGCGAGCACGACUAUAUAGUCUUUGAGCAAGGAGGUCGUCGCAUCGUAUCAGAACCUCUUUCGCUCCCAUCAAAGUGCUGAGUGAACGUCUAGAUGUCUUGUGUUUGCGUAUACAUGCUCAGGGACGCUGGAACACGUUUUGGGGUGAAGGGGCUUUAGACAAAUUAGAAAACUUCGGCUUCGGCGUGUCUGUUACCUCAUCUCUUGAAGCUUCAUAAGCAAAGCACCACUGUUGGUAUUAAGAGUUGACACGACUUUGAGCGAGUGAAUAUUUGAAUGACUGUGACGGAUUGUAUGAAAAGUAAAACAUACGAAUUAAUCACCUUUGCUAAUUACAAAAUUGGUUUUCUUGAAUAAGAAAAUAGACUCAAAGUUAAAAACUCAAUG